AUGACUUUCACCCUCCCGGCAACUUUGCCACAACGACUCAUUAAGCUGGAUGCAUCAUCUUUGAUCAUUUUUAUUCCGGCCGCUCUUUUCUUCUACUCCAUUGCGCUUGCAAUUUACCGCAUAUGGUUUCAUCCUCUGUCUAAAAUCCCUGGGCCGCCACUCCUCGCAACGAUCGACAUCAUCAACCAAUGGGGCAGUAAUGUCGAUGGAACCUUUCCCCGUGAGGUGUCUCGGCUGCACAAGCAAUUUGGACCAAUAAUUCGCGUCGGACCCAACCGCAUUGCCGUCGACGGCAGUAUCGGCUAUCCUGAGGUGUAUAGCCUCAAAGCUAAAGGUCUGGCUGGGACUUUCGACAAGGUCCAUGAUUACAUUUUCGACGGUGACCAUAAGACAAUACUCGGGGCUCCAAAUGAAUUACACCGCCGGUUGAGGCGAUCUCUAGCCCACUCAUUCAGCGACGCAGCGAUCCGUGAACAAGAAGGCAUCAUCGAGAAGCAUGUUAACAUGUUAUUGGAACAGUUGACAUGCAAAGCCGAGCUUGGCGAGACUGUAGAUACUGUGAAAUGGAUGAAUUAUUUAUUCUUUGAUAUCAUCGGCGAGCUUACAUUCGCAAAGACUUUCAACUCAAUUGAGACCGGUGAAGACCAUCCUUUCAUCAGUAAUUUUUUUGAAGUUAUUUUGGGAAACUCUCACACCCGCUUUCUAACGUCAUAUCCCUAUCUUUCCAUUCCUUUCAGUAUGAUAAUGGGUCGCAAGCAGAUUGUAAGAGCGAUGAAUAAAAACAGUGAAAAUGCAGUAUGGGCCCAAGAAUUAACAAAAAAGCGUAUUGAAAUGGGUGAAGAGCCAAAGACAGGCCAACACGACUUCAUGUCUCACAUGCUAAAGAAGAAUCGAGAGGGCGAGCAAGCAAUGCCGAACGAAGAUAUUUUGCUGCACUCGCUGAUUUUAGUCGGCGCGGGAAGUGAGACGACUGCAUCUGCCAUGUCUUUCUUUUUCUACGUCACCGGUAUGAAUACUGCUCAAAAGCAAAUUCUGCAAGAUGAGAUCCGCAGCACCUUUACUGACGAGUCGGAAAUCAACAUGGUAAAUUGUGGCCAGAUCAGUUACCUACAGGCGUGUAUACAGGAGACUCUGCGAAUGUAUCCUCCAGCGGCCGAGACGCCACCGCGUGUGUCGCCUGGCGCAAACAUUGGCGGUGAGUUUAUACCAUCAGGGACAAUCAUUCAUGUCUACCCUUGGGCAACAUUCCGCAACCCAAAUAACUUCACAGACCCGGACUCAUUCAGACCCGAACGCUGGCUCCUCCCUACACAUCCACGCUACGAUACACGCUAUGCAAAAGAUAACCUGGCCUGUGUCAAGCCCUUCAGCCAUGGACCCCGCGACUGUCUAGGGAAGAAUCUAGCCUAUAACGAGAUGCGCUUACUCAUAUCCCGACUCCUAUUCCGUUUAGAUUAUGAAUUACUUGAAGGGCAGGAGAAAUGGCAUAAUAACCAGCGGGCUUACCUGAUCUGGGUCAAAAAUCCGCUAAAGGUGAGAUUCACUGUUCGAAAGAAUUGA